AUUAUUAAUUCGGUGGUAUUGCUGAUUCUGCUGAGCGCUCUGACUGAUCCUGACCAGUACCACCUAACCAGUGCUGAAUUAGGGGGUGAAUUUGAAUUUAUGGAUGAUGCCAAUAUGUGCAUUGCCACAGCAAUUUCUCUUCUUAUGAUUCUGAUCUGUGCAAUGGCUACAUAUGGCGCAUAUAAGCAACAUGCAGCCUGGAUCAUCCCUUUCUUCUGUUACCAGAUCUUUGACUUUGCUCUCAACACAUUGGUUGCCAUCAGCGUACUUGUUUAUCCCAGCACAAUUCAGGACUACCUCCGUCAGCUGGUAAAUCACUCAAUGUUCACAAGCCGUUGGGAACUUUGGGGAAAAAAAACUGUGCAAGGUGCACCAUUUGUGCUGUAUUUCUAUCCAAUGGGCUCCUAUUGA